ACGCUGUAACCUCCUCCAGCCUCGUCCCCUACCUCCUCUCUCCAUCCAUCCCACUCCGAGUCCCUCAAAUUUGGUCUAUGCAUCGAGCCAAUAGUCGUCAGCGGGAGGAGUUCCGAGCUGAGAGCGGGGGGAACCCUACUCUGAGAGGGGACCAGAGAUUCUGUCUGGGUCUGUUUGACGGAGUCUUAGGAGAGUGACUUGGGUCAGAGUUUCAUGCGGGACCGGGAUUCAUGGUUACCUCCUGGCACAGACGCGAGAUGCCACCCUCGGCGAGGAAAUCGAUCAAGGAACGCACGCUGUUUUCACUGACCUCAUCUCUACCAUGCGGAUCGAGGCUGAAGGGAGUGCUGUGCAGCCACUUAAAGUCUCUCUGGAUGGUGCUCAUGGCUCUCACUGUGCUCUGUGUGGCCAUCCAGAUCCUAGGAGUCGUCUGGCAGUCCAGGUUAGAGUCCGCUCGUACUCUACACACAGUAGCCGUCAGGAACAGUAAGAUGUUGAGCGAGAAGGUUCUGAAUUUGCGCUUCACCAUCGACAUCCAGAGAACUCCCCCAGUGGAGCACUGGGACUGGGAACGCCUGCGCUCUUUGCCCUCCCCCGUGGUAGACGAGGACGUGAAGCCUCAAGAACAGAGCGUUUCCAAACGACAGAGACUGGCGGAGUAUCAGCCCGGCAGAGAGGAGCCAGGCCAGGAGUGGAAGGUCACAGAGCUCUCCAACCCUUUCAGUACAGUCAAAGACCCAAGGAAGCAGGCCUGGGAUAACGUUCUAGCUUUAAAGGCAGCCCUGAGUAAAGUCACACUGGGUAAUAAUGUUCUGCACUUAGGGGUUCCUUGGUCUGUGGCGCUCAGGCCAGAGGGGGCACUGGGUCAUCCUGCUAGCAGAGGGCCACCCACCUUGCCUGGCAACCCUCUGCAGCACUACUCAACUCACCGGCCGAAAAGCAGAAACAGUCCCGCCCUUCCGGGCACCGCUCUCCCCCACGCUCGCAGUGCCUACGGCAACGACGUCGAAUCUUUAGUCGCCGGGCCGCCGAUAAACACGGCGGGACCGGGGGACGCUACUUCCACCUGUCAGCGCAAGAACCACAUAGUCUUCCUGAAAACUCACAAAACAGCCAGCAGCACCAUCCUGAACAUCUUGUAUCGCUACGGUGAUAGCCGGAAUCUCACCUUUGCCCUGCCGCUGAGUAAGCACAGCCAGCUGUUCUAUCCCUACUUCUUUUCCUCACACUUUGUGGAGGGCAUGAAAAGUGGGAGCGUCAAGGAAUUCCACAUCAUGUGCAACCAUAUGAGGUUCAGACGAGCUGAGGUUGUUAAGGUAAUGCCCCAAGACACAUUUUACUUCUCCAUUCUUAGAAACCCUGUGGCCAUGAUGGAGUCUAUCUUCAUCUACUACAAGAGCAUACCAGCUUUCAACAAGAUAAAGAGCCUGGAUGACUUUUUCGACAAUGGCUCUCGUACUUUUAACACAUCCCUUUCGAACAACCAUUACGCCCGAAACAUCCUGACCUUUGACUUUGGCUUUGACAACAAUGUUGCUGUGGAGACUACUGAAGAUCUGGAGAUGCGGGUCGCCAUGACCAUCAGCGCUAUCGAGCAGGACUUCAACCUCAUCCUUAUCUCUGAGUACUUUGACGAGUCCAUGAUCCUGCUCAAGCACGCCCUCUGCUGGUCACUUGACGAUGUUGUAUCCUUCAAGCUAAACAGCCGGAGCGAGCGGACACGGCACACACUCUCCCCGCAAACCGCCGACAAGAUCCGGGCCUGGAAUGCCCUUGACUGGAAACUGUACCUGCACUUCAAUGCCACCUUCUGGCGUCGCGUGGACAUUACGGUGGGGAGCGAGAAGAUGAGACAGGAGGUGAAUGAGCUGCAGGAACGACGUGCUGAACUAGCCAAAACCUGCCUGCAGGACGGUGGUGCGGUAGACCCGUCGCAAGUGAAGGACGUGGGGCUCAAGCCUUUCCAGUACGGGGCGGCUGUCAUCCAGGGCUACAAUCUGAACCCCGGGCUGGACGGGCCCGCCAAAACACUUUGUCAGAACCUCAUCACUCCAGAGCUGCAGUACACAGACAUUCUGUACACCAAGCAGUUCCCUGAUCUGGUUGCCAAGCAGAGGGAUGCCGCCAAACUGGCUGCCUCACAACUCAAGCCUGGUUCAGCCAAGGUCAGCCAGAACCGAGUGAGGGAAGCCCGGCACGCUAGGACAGCCAGGAGCAGACUCAGAAGUAUUCGGAACCAAAAUGCCCUGGUUCUGAGUGCCCAGUCUAAACACACUGCCCCUAGGAGCAAAAGGAACAUGCCUUGAGGGGAGCGGGCACUCUUUCAACACAGAUGGUCCCACUCUGGUCGGUUGCUGAGCACGACCAGUUGGCUGACUCGGGUGGCUGUAAAGGAUGCUUUGUAGCCAAUGAUACUGGACCUUUUUGGUGAAGUGGGUGAAACUGAAGGAGGAACAACUGGAGCGCAUCUACCAUGACUGUCCCGUCUUGACUGGUUGGACCGGACAAAGCCUUCAUGGCGCACAUCUUCUUAACCGGUGGUUUACAAUACAGAACCCAGGGAACCCACGUACUACUACUUUUUUAUUCUACCUCGUCGGUAAUAGCGCUCACCUGGUGUCUCAAGUCUAAAUCAAUCCUUUAUUGAAGGGCUAGAAUAAAAAACAGUGGUACUCAGGUUCCUGAGGCCAGGAGUUGAGAACCACUGUCUUGAACCAUUUCAUUUAAUCUCUGAUUUGACUCUGUCACACACUGGGUUUUGGAACCAGUGCUAUGGUUUGAAUCAAAUGCUUGUAACUAUUUAUUAAAUUGAAUGGGGUUGGGUAUAACUUGUAAUGCAAUGGGCUGUACAUGACUCUGCUAACAGUGAAAGAGAAGCAGCACCUACCCUGUACUGGAUAUGUCUACUCAGUUAAACAGGAACUAUCUCAGGGCUCAUUUAUCUGAGCUUCACUCAGAGCAAUGGUGAAUGAAAUAUAGGACAUUACGGUAAAUAUCUAUAAAUUUCACGGAAAUGGGUUUCCCUAUGUAAUUGUAAAUUACAUGUUUUUAUGUGAAAGCACAUCUAAGCUAUCAGAAUUCUACCGAAAGAGAUCCAGAGGUUCUCACAUACUGUAAUAUUAGGUCCUUCCAUAAACGUUUUAUGCAGAAUGUUUUCUUGAGUUUCCACUUUUAGGUCAGUUACUGCGAGAUUGGGUUACUGGAGGCAAUUGAUUCACAUGGGAGAUAGCAGACCACUGAGGAAAGAUUUUGUAACCAAGGAAGAGCAAUGGAGCGCUUGAUUCUCUAAAAUGGGAAUCACAUUAACAUAUUAUAUUUCUAAGAAUAUUAAAUGAUUUGUAACUUUAAAUUAAAGGGGACUUUGAAAUCAUACUGCACUUUAGUAAGAAUAUACAAAUUAAGUAAAUGAAGAAUUAAUUACAACGAAUCUUGAUUAUUUUUAGAGAUAUCACAAUACUUUGCAUUUAAUGCAUUUAAGAUUGUUGGGUAUUUAUGUUUAUUUUAGAUUUUUUCUAAUGUUUUCAUUGUUAUGAUCUGUGAUGUUGCCAAUUACUCAGUAUGCACAUUUGGAAUGGUGAAAUAAAAUGUAUG